AUGAAGGGAAACAACAAGGGCAUCUAUUUUCUAAAUUUCCUUAUGCUUGCCAUUUUAGCAACCCCAUGGAAAUAUUCUAAAGAAAUAACUACUGACUUGGGUGAAUCACAAGAUAGGAUAAUCAACCCUAGAACAAUAUUAAAUUGCAGAAAUGGCAGAUUGCUAAGGGGAGACAUAGACAUAGAUUUGGAAGUAAAAUACGACCUCUUCAAGGAUAAAAUUGUGAACGUAGUGGAUGAGGAUGACUACGCAUUCGAAAACAGAGUAAAAUCAGUGAUGCAAGAUGAUAAAUUUAGAGAAUGCUUUAAUAAAAUAAAAUGCAACGAGAGUUCUCAUAGAUCUGACAACUUUAAUGAUUCUUAUGAAAAUGUUCUGAGUUAUGACCAGUUCUAUGAUUCCUGCCAGAAGAAUGAUCAUAAUUUAGACCAGUUCUAUGAUUCCUGUGAAAGUAUUAAUAGUUCUGACAAAUCAUCUAAUAAAAACAAUUAUGAUGAUGAAGAUGAAGAACUUGGUAACACUUACUAUACUGUUGCCCACAGCGGAGUUCCACAAUAUAACGCAAAGGAAUACGAGAUGCCUUUAACGGGUACGCGUAGACACAGGAAAAAAUCUAUAUUUUCAAGAAUAUUUAAAUUUCUGAAAAAACAAGAUGCAAAAUAUGAAAAGUACAUAUAUAAUACACUGAAUGGUGACAUACCUCAAAAUGUUAAAAAUCUUUUAGAUGGAAUUAUAUCACCAGAAUUAAUGAAAUUCGUUAAUGUACUCACAAUUUUCUUUCCAGUUAUAUCGAUCUCUUCACUACUAUUUCUAGUAGUGAUAAUGAGUUAUUUCGUAUCGGCCACUAUAAUGGCCCCACUUAUUUGUAUAUUUAUUGGUCUCCUAAUCAUUGUAUUCAUGCCUAUUUUUUACAAAUACGAGAAAUUAUCAAUGAAAGAAAGGACAGACCGUAAAUCACACUUCUUUACUAUUACUCUUACCGUUACCCUUUUUAUUUCGACCUGGAGACACAUAUAUGAUUCACUCAGUACUGCUAAUGCAUGGGACAAAAGAGUCCUCCCUCAAAAUAUCACCUUACACACAGGACCCGGUAGAAUAUUAAGGGGUGAUAUUGAACCAGAAACACAGCAACAAUAUACGGCACUAAAAGAAAGAAUUAUAAAUUUGCUAGAUGAAGAUGAUGAGUCAUUCAGAGAAAGGCUAAAUGCAUUAGCACAGGAUGAUCAUUUUCGGAAACAAUUUAAUGCGUUAAUGCGGGAUGGCCUCUCUCAAAAAGGGGGUAACAAAAUAAUUUUAGACAAGUUUUUUCAUAAACAUGUUAACAUAUUAAAUGAGAGUGAUAAUAAUUUGGAGAAAAACCCUUUUCUCAUCUCACCAGAUGUAAAUCACAGUAAUCAUGACAAUUCGGACCCGUUCAAAUUUUAUAACAGUUUGGAAGAACUUUCUGAUGAACUGAAAAGUAAGAAUUACUACAAAGCGAAAAUAAUUGACGAAUUAAAACGUCAUGAAGAGUAUAAAGAAAAACGGAAGAGUAAAAUAAAACGAACGAAUAAUCUUAAGAGAGAACCAACCAAUGGAACAGAACAUGCUGUGCUCUCUAAAUUAGAAAAAGAUGAUAUUUUCGAAGGAUUUCUCCAUCGUUAUGCGUAUGAAGAAUUAGUAAAACCAAGAAAAAGAUCAAUGUUACCUACCUUCCUAAAAAAAGCGGAUAAAAAGUUGAAAGCAAAAGUGAAACGAUUUUUAAAGAAAAAAACACCUGGGCGUUAUGCUGAUAAUGGUCAAGACAUCAUGGGAAAGUCCUUUUUAUUUGUAAAAAAAUUCAGAGUUUUUAUUCCUAUUUUGUUUUUUUUGCCAUUAGUUAUUUUAGCAACUCCACUUAUUAUUUAUUACACAUUUGUAUUUCAAACGAGCAUUUUAGCCAUGUUUUCGUUAGUAGGAAUAUAUCCCCCCGUUCUACCGAUAUUGUUUGCUGCACUGAUUGCAUACGGUGUAUUUAAUUUGAUAGUGCGUCCCCGCAGGUCUAGCAUAUAA